CUUUUCCCAAACGAGCCCGCCAGAUAUUUUUCUUUGAGCCUCCUCUGAUUCACUUCUCGACCUAAAUUUUUCUCGACUGAUUCAGCGAAGAUGAGUACUAUGAAGUUUUGCCGCGAAUGUAAUAACAUUCUGUAUCCUAAGGAGGACAAGGAGCAGAAGAUCCUCCUCUACGCUUGCCGUAAUUGUGAUCACCAGGAAGUAGCUGAUAAUAGCUGUGUGUACAGAAACGAGGUUCAUCACUCUGUAAGUGAACGAACUCAGAUCCUAACGGAUGUGGCUUCUGACCCUACUCUUCCCAGAACCAAGGCUGUGCGUUGUGCCAAGUGUCAGCAUAGCGAGGCCGUCUUCUUCCAGGCUACGGCUAGAGGGGAAGAAGGAAUGACAUUGUUCUUUGUCUGCUGCAACCCGAAUUGUGGUCAUCGCUGGAGAGAGUAGAUAGCUUUUAUA